AUGUGUCAGGAUUGCGAGAAGAAGAGGAAGGCUCUACCUUCAACAAGAGCAAUAGACAAGCCAGGUGCCACGUCAGAAUCAUCUCCAAGUAAAACUGGAGAUAGUACUCCCCUCCAGCAAGUUCAAAAGGUCGAGGGUCUCACUAUCAACAACUAUGGCCAUAUAUCUUUUUUCAAUGAUAAGCCUGUCAUGGGCAUCCCUAGCCCUCUCACCCUUAGUAACAAGGAUAUCACAGGAGAACGUGCACCAUAUGGUGCAUUGGGCCAGUCCCCUAAGGCAACUGACAAGUACGGCAACCGCCUUGGUGGGACCACUGGAUUUACGGAUCAGACGGCUCAUAUUGGUAUUGAAAACAAGCUACCGGUGGUAUUGUCAAAAGUCACCCUCGAACACCAUUACUCUGAUUGGGGUUGGGAGAGCAAAACAUGGGAAGGAGUUAUUAACUCGACUGCGGCCGACUUCCAUGCCCACUACCAGACUGGAUGGAACUCUUGGGACACCGACCACUGGAAAUUGACCAUAUACUUCAAGGACGGGGCAGUGUUCCAGACAAGUGUAAAGGAUUGUAUGAUGAGAGAACAAGACGAUUUCCAACAUGGGCCAAUGUGGUUUCAAAUCACUAGAAACAUAUUCAACAUCAACCUUCGCAGUGGCGCCCGUGAAACGACCAUUGAUAAUGGUUCAGUGCCAUAUGAGACAGAUGACGGGACUGCCUACUACAAAUACACUGCAUAUUGCUUUGUUUGGCUACACAAUAAAUUUCCUGUGGCCGCGAUGGCGCAUGUUUCUCAUCAAUAUAGUUCUGAUCCUGCGUUUCGCUCCAACUACAGUGGACCGACUGAGUCAGAAGGUAUCUCACAUCCCUGGAUUGUCUACAGUAGUCCGUGGGGAUACAGGGACUACUGGAAUAUUUCUGUACAGCUCGAUGUCGUGGCCCCUACCAACAGCGAUUAUACACAAGGGAAACCUUUCACAAAUAGAAAACAGGACAAAGAAUGCGCUAUUGGUCCUGAGGAUGCUGGAAAGGAUAUUUAUAUCUCCAUCUACCCUACUGGCUGGACCAUCGGCAUUCCGAGCGGUUCAUGUGACGACAGCUGGAUAACCCCAUUAGGAUACAACACAGUCGCAUUCGUCAGAAUAAAAAAUAAUUUCGUGCAAACCGUUCGCUACGUCAUCCUAACUCAUCAGUACGGUUCAGAUCUGGCUUAUACAUAUGAAUAUCCUUACAUUCUUGAAGGCGAAGAAUCCUCUCAGCUUAAUAUGGUGGAAUACAACACUGGAGCGCUUCAUCCAGGUCUUGACUACUGGACUGUCGAUGUCUUUCUUGCGGAUGAAAUACACUACCAAAACAGUAAACCGGGCAAGGAAUGCUACCUGGAAGAAGAAGAUGCGAGGAUCCUCACAUUUGGCGUCAGUGAGGAUAAAUUCAAUAUCAACCUCCACUCUGGCUCUAGUUCAUGUGACAACGGCAUGAAAGCUCUUGGAGAAGUGGAUGUACUGCUUGGUGCUAAUCCCUACCAGCCUUACAAUAAGAACUGUUACCUUGCGGCCCACAACGCCUUCGCAAAUUAUCCAGACGGCUUCAUCGUCGCCAAUCAGGCCCUCGGCAUUCAUAACCAGAUGUGUGUGGGUGCCAGCACUCUCCUGCUUGACAUCUGGGUAUAUGAUGAUGGUGUCUACCUGCUUCAUGAGUGGGGCAAGCCUGUUGGAUAUGUCGCUAAUAAUCCAUUUGCAACCGCUGUUCCGCUGCUCUCGGCCCUCAAGACAAUCAAUCAAUAUUUGAGCGUCUUCGAAGAUAAUGUCAUAACUAUCCUUAUCGAAGAUCAUCUAGAUGCUUCCCACCGCGAUGAUCUAUGGUCAAUCUUCCAGUCAGCUGAAGUCGCGGACAAGGUCUUCACGCCGUACCCUGCUCUGGAAACGGACAUGGACUGGCCUACCCUGGCUGAGAUGAUAUCUAGGGGCAAACGUCUUGUUGUCUUUAGCGACUACAACGGCCCUGACAAGGUCUUUCCAUUCCAGUGGGAUUACAUGUCGGAGAACGUCUAUGGGGAUGAGAGCCUCGAUCCGGAACAAGAAGAAUGGAUCACACUACGAAAGGAAUCGAGACGAAGUCCAUAUGGUUCCAAAAAUAUGACGGCGAUGAAUCACUUUCCAUGGAUUCAGGUUGGACAAGAGCUGUUGCCCAACUGGUUUCCCCUCGUUACACAUGCCAAUACUCCAGAGUUCAUUUGGCAACAUGUGGAGGCUUUCCAACGCGGCUACAAUAUAACGCCAAACUGGUUGAAUCUUGACUUUAUAGACAUUGGAGGUGGGAUAACUAGCACCCGCAAGUGUAACGACGCUUUACAUAAAAGGGGCAUAACCGAGUCUGUCAAGAUUGCCGCAGGACGUUUCAUCUAUAAAAAGGUUUUUGAACAACCCACCGCUGAUGGUGAGCCCGCCAUUGAUGGGAAUGGUGAUGCAUGUCAGAAAGCGGGGAAUGUCUUCUCCUUGGCGGUCUUUGAGGGCUUGGUGCGCCUCUACUUCGGUGCGAUGAAGGCGGUGCAUGAGAUUAUGGAGAUCGGCUUCAUAGCGAGGUGCAAUCCAUCCCUUUUGCUCUUCCUCCUCGCCAUCCUCUUCCUCAUGCUCUUCAUCAUCGCUAUAGUCCACCCCGUCUUCAUCAUCAUCACCUUCCCCGUCUUCGUCAUCACUAUCUUCUCCGCUGCUAUCAGACUAACCGCAGUCCAGGAGGAGCUGAUGAUAUCGCUGCUUAAUAUCCAAAGUCCAGGGAUCAGCCUUCUCAUCUGCUCUAGCUUGUGA